AUGCAUACUCCACGGCUCGGCUUCCGCGGGCUGCAGCCUGCAGCCAUGACCGCCCCCACCGCGCCACCAAGAAAGCUCUCGCCGCCCGCCGCGCCGCGAAGAAGGCUAUCGCCGCCGACCGCGCCACCAAGAAAGCUAUCGCCGCCCGCCGGACGGGCGCGGCCCGUGAACAUGAGCCCCCCGCGCCGCGUGCCCCAUCCCCAUCCCCCACCCCACCAUCGGCCGCCGACGCCGACGCCGCAGCGCAGCCACCUCCACGGCCAGCAGCAGCAGCACAAGCAGCAGACCUCCGCGUGGAGCGUCGGCUUCCUGAGCGCCUGGCUCUCGCAGCGCACCCCCGUGCUCGGCCUCCGCGCCUGGGUCCUGGUCGCCGCGGCCGCGGCCGCGGUCGUCCUCGCCGUCCUCGUGCUCACCGUCUGCCUCUGCCGCUGCCGGCGCCGACGCCGGCGAUGCCCCCGCGUCGCCCCGAGCCUGCACCACGGAGGCGCGUCCAGGUCCAUGAAGCAUCACUUGCAUCAGGCGAUGGCGGACAAGGACAUCGUCGAGGAGUCCAUCCGCUGGCACCCGCCGCCUCCGUGCGAGCCGCCGUUCCAGCCGCCGAUCGAGGUCAUCAAGGCGGAGCAGAAGGCCCCGCUGAUCACGGUCGAGUCCGCGCGGACUAGCGGCGAGACGGGGACGAGCAUCGCCGGGAGCGCGCGCGGGUGGAGCACCGAGAGCGGCGCCAGCGACGCGGGGGCCGACGCGUCGCAGCGCGGCUGGGGCCGCCGGUACACGCGCCGGGAGCUGGAGGAGGCCACCGACGGGUUCGCCGCCCAGAACGUGCUCGGGGAGGGCGGCUACGGGGUGGUCUACAAGGGUGUGCUACGAGACUCCACCCUCGUCGCCAUCAAGAAUCUGCACAACAACAGGGGCCAGGCCGAGAAAGAUUUCAAGGUGGAGGUGGCGACGAUCGGGCGGGUUCGGCACAAGAACCUGGUCAGUUUGCUCGGCUACUGCAGCGAGGGCGCCUGCAGGAUGCUGGUCUAUGAGUACAUGGAGAACAGUAACCUCGACAAGUGGCUGCACCAUGAGGAGGGUGAAAUUAGUCAGCUCAACUGGGACACAAGGAUGCACAUACUUCUCGGAACUGCUAAAGGGUUGGCGUACCUUCACGAAGGGCUGGAGCCCAAGAUCGUCCACCGAGACGUCAAAUCCAGCAACAUCCUUCUGGACGGGCAGUGGAACGCCAGGGUGUCGGAUUUCGGGCUCGCCAAGCUCCUCUGCUCCGAGGCGUCCUACGUCACCACCCGCGUCAUGGGAACCUUCGGGUACGUGGCGCCGGAGUACGCGCGGACCGGGAUGCUGAACGAGAGGAGCGACGUGUACAGCUUCGGGGUGCUCGUCAUGGAGAUGAUAACCGGCAGAACUCCGGUGGACUACACCAGGCCCACCGCGGAGGUGAACUUGGUGGAGUGGCUGAAGCGCAUGGUGGCGGAGAGGAGGGUGGAGGAGGUGCUGGACCCGACGCUGCCAGAGGCGCCGCCGUCCAAGGUGCUGAAGCGCGCCGUCCUCGCGGCGCUCCGGUGCGUCGACCCCGACGGCGGCCAGCGGCCCACCAUGGGGCACGUGGUGCACAUGCUCGAGGACGACCUCAGGUUCAGAGACGAACUCCAGCUUGCGCGGGGUCUGUCGGCCCACGCUUCGGCGUCGGCGUCGUCGGGGAGCUACGAGCGCGAGGAGUGA